AUGGCUCAAGAAGACACCACAAGCAUCAGCACAAGCAGCACAAGUGCCAGCACCUCCAGCGUGCCUGUACCUGUGCCUGCGCCUGUGCCUGUACCAGUUGUGCCUGAUGUCAACGACGUCGCCGCUCCUAGUACGGAUCCCUCGACAACCUCUACUAAUUCUAUCCUCCCCCCGACUACUUCGACCUCUCCUCUUCUUCCCGUCGCUUCUGCUCCUGCUCCUGCUCCUGCUCCUCUCUCCACGACACCGACCUCGACCUCCUUCGAGACACCGACUCCCUCCACCGAGACGCCGUCCGUCGCGACUGCAAACGCGUCUGUACCUGGCACUGCUGCGGCACCUGCGAUUGGUCCUUCGACCACGAGCGCGACUGCGACUGCGACUUCGACUGCGACUGAGUCUACUACGCCUGCGGUGGCAGCUCCUGCGCCUCUCCCUCCUCAGCAGAACGGUCAGCAGAACGGCGACGCGAGGGAGUCACACUCGCCCGGCAUGGCGCAUAAUCAGCACCCUCAUGGCUCCCAGAGAGGCUACCCGAGCCCCAAUGCCUUCCCGUCACCUGGUCCUAUGCCGCCGAACCAAUAUGCCUACCACCCUCAGCAGACGCAAGCUCAGGCGGACCCAUAUCGAGCCAGUCCUGGCGCGCCGAUUCCUUCUCUGCCGAGCAUGAAGAGCCUCGAACACCACUACCAACAAAGUGCGCCGCCGCCUCCUCAGACGAUGUCGAUGCAGAUGCAGAUGGCGCCCAACCAAGGCAUGCAAUACUACCUCCCACCGGGAGUACAGAGCAACCCAUAUAUGACGCAGGAUCUCAACCACCUGAGAUAUCAAAUCCCCCACGGGCACGAUCCUAGAUUGAUGCGCGGUCCCGGUGGGCCGAAGAAGUGUGACGAGGCUCACCCCUCCUGCAACAACUGUAAAAAGUCGAAGCGAGAGUGUUUGGGAUACGACCCCAUCUUCAAGCAGCAGCCAGGUCCUUCCGUAAUCCAGCCCGCUCCGAACGCCCAGCGGGUGCCGACGCCGACCAUCCCGUCCGUGCCAUCAUCCGUCCCACCUCCGGUCCCGACUGUACCUUCAACGCCUGCCGCGCCUCAGGUCCCCGUGCCGGUAGCUCCAUCAAACCCCUACGGAAACCAGCCCGCCGUCUUGCCCAGCUCGUAUAAUCCUCCCGUUCCAUCUUCGCACGCCCCUCUCGAUCCAGCCUUGAAUUCUGCUGCGUCCGGCAUCAAACCCGAGCCCACCGCCUACGACUUUGCGGCCCCGAUAGAUCCAGCUCUGCAAAACCUACCCGCCCCGGCAACGUUACAUUCUACUCAGACUCAGUCGUUCUCGGGCGAGCAAAGGGCAGGCUUCGACAACCAUCUCAGAGCCGUUGUUGCUUCGUUCUCAAACCCUCAUACUAACGCGACCUACACAGCCACCAGAAUGAAGGUCGAUGACCUGAUCGGCCUCCUGGGCCCCGCUGCUCCCACCCAGGAGAUUGCCCUCACUCCCGAGCUACUCACCGAGAUCAUCAACGUCUAUCGCGAGGUCUAUGCUGUCGGUCUCCAGUCCUUCUUCGAGGCAAACUACUUCCAGAAGCAGGACGCCCAGGGAAAGUUUGCCUUUGAGCACAGCCAGCAACUCUUGCGCCAAUUUGCCUCGUUCCUCAAGAUUGUUCAGUCUGUCCCGGCCAAUGACCACACCCAGAUGACCCAUUCUGGAGUUCUCGAGACUCGCUUGAUCUGGGCCCUGGCCAUCUUGCCAUGCAAUAGCGCUCCCCCUUCGUCCAACGCCGAUGCCAAGGUUCUGCCACCUCCGGAUGACCUGACAGAAGCAGCCAACCGAGUCAAGGUCAUGGAGACCCUCCUCUGCGGCGACUUCUUGUCCUCAAAUCCUCUCACACCUCCUGUUCCUGACACCCAGCCUCAUCGCGAGCAGGAGUUUGAGUUCUGGUAUAACCUUGCACAGUAUCUGUGUUGUUACGACCCAGCAAAGCGUGAUGAGGUUCUCGGCAAACUCAGAAUGCAGCUCGGUGGAAGAGAGAACCGAGAUCUCAUCUACUCCAUCGCCAUCUCACGAGAGCUCUCUCCUCGCGUGGAAGUCGGUUUUGAGCGGAAUGUGCCCCAGCAUAUGGAUGAGUCCGACCCUAAGAACCGACUCUUCGUAGCGAACAAGUUCAUUCAGGAUGAGGCUCAAGUGACCGGCGGAACAACAAACGUGGUCCGGCGAUUCGGCGAGAUUGCCAUCAGAGCGUACAUCAGUCCCGGGGUCAAUAUUGCGGCACACCCCCACCAGGCUGCUCCAGCACAGCCUUGA